CCUCCUCUCAAGCCACAGCCUGUACAUAGCUGUCCAAUCCCUUCUCCCCAUGUGACCCCACACUGCACAAACCCCAUAGAUAUAGAUAGAUGUAUAGAUAUAGUUUAUAUCUAUUAAUUAUUAUUCAUAUUAACUACUAUUAUUUAUUAUUGGGAUCUGUAAAUGAUCAAUGUUCUUGUCGUUCCCCAUUCUCGUUUCUUUGUUCCAUUUCCCUAACUCUCUCUCUCUCUAUACUAAUUUCUCUUCUUCCUAGCUUUCACUAUAUAUCUAUAUCUUUUCCUUAUUAUAACACCCUUUCUCACCAGUUUUGUAAUCUUUGUCAUUGCUUCUUCUUCUUCGUCUUCUUCUCGAAACUAUAAGCUACUACACAAAAAUACAUAUACAUUACAUUUUUCUGGGAAGACCAUCGAUCGUGCUGUAAAUUUCUUAUUAUAGCUUCGGGUUUCUGUCUAUUAUAGUAAUAAUGGCACAGUUACCACCUAAAAUUCCAAACAUGACAUUACCCAAUUGGCCCGACGUCGUUUCACACGGGAAGCUUUCAUCAUUAGCUACGAAUAAUAUUCAUAAUAAUAAUAAUAACCCAUCAUGGGUUGAUGAAUUCCUCGAUUUCUCUACAGCCAGGCGAGGUUCCCACAGGAGAUCGGUAAGUGAUUCCAUCACUUUCCUCGAAGCGCCAAUGCUGGACGAGUGCCGCGGCGGCGGAGGAGCCGGCUCCGUAGUUGCGCCGCCGCAAGGAGGAGCGACGCUUCCUGGGAGCGGUGGUCACGGAGAGUUCGAUAGAUUUGAUGACGAACAGUUUAUGUCGAUGUUCAACGACGAAAUGGCUUCGAUGGCGGUUGCCGGGCCCAACGUGUCGUCUUCGAACCCUUCUACACCAUCCGAUCAUAACAGCAUCAACGACGAGAAGGAAAUGCAGGUGGAUCGGAGUAGUAGUAAGCAACAGCAGCACGUUAAGAAUGAGUCGGAAGAAGUGGAUAGCCAAUGCAACUCCGAUUCAAACCCCAACCCCAAUGGGACAACGACAACAAACGCUGCAAACGACAGAAUAAUUGAUCCCAAAAGGGUCAAGAGAAUCUUGGCGAACAGACAAUCUGCACAGAGAUCACGGGUCAGAAAGCUACAGUACAUCUCAGAGCUUGAACGCAGUGUUACUUCCUUGCAAGCUGAAGUUUCAGUGCUUUCACCGCGAGUUGCGUUUUUGGAUCAUCAACGCUUGCUUCUUAAUGUUGACAACAGUGCUCUUAAGCAAAGAAUCGCGGCUUUGGCUCAGGAUAAGAUUUUCAAAGAUGCUCAUCAAGAAGCACUAAAGAGAGAAAUAGAGAGAUUGAGGCAAGUAUAUCACCAACAAAAUAUGAACAAGAUGGAAAAUAAUAAUGUUGGUCAAUCACCAUCAUCAAUGGGAGACACUACUAAAUCUUCAAUUGAUAAAAAUGAUCAGCAGCUUCUCAAUGUUUCUUCGUAACUGUAUUAUUAUUAUUAUUAUUGUUAUGGUCAAAACUCAAAAGCUGCGUUAUGGAUAAGUUAGAAAACUUUUAUAUGCUAUAAAAGUGGGGUUGGGAAAAGUGGAAGUAAGUGAUCAUCAAUUUCGAUGAUUUUUUUAGUAAAAGUAUAUACUACUACUACUACUGCAACAAACAACAAGUGUUUGAUUCAGAAGAAUUGCUUAUUAUUAGCCAGUUUUUCUGAUCUGAUCUAUGUGGAGAAAGAGAAAGAGUUGAAAGUGUACCUUACCUAAUCAGACACCAAAGAAGAGACACAUGAACUUGGGUGCUCACUGCUGUUGACCUGUGCCCUCACGUGAUGUGUUUUCACCUUUUAUGAAGGGACCACUUGGUGAUUACAUGAUUGGCUUGCAGGAAAGAACAUGUGCAUGUAGUAGUAGUAGUUGUGGUUUUUUUUUUAAUUAUUAAAGAAAAUUAUUAUUAAGAAAAGAAAAAAAAAAGAUUGUCUUUGUUAGCUAGCUACAGCUUUAACUGAUUAGGGGGGAGGGUGUGGUUGAUUCUUUUAAUUUAUAUAUAUUUAUUUUUCUUUCCUUUUUCUUUGCACAUUGAUUCUUUAAUUUGUAUUUUGUAUGAAUUGGCAAAGGGUAUAAGAGAGUAGUGGGUUUGUGUUGGGAUGAACAAAAGGAAAAAGAUUGUCAGUGAAGUGAUCUUUGCUAAUUUGAUAUAUUCGGAUUCAUUGUACUUUUUCCAGUUUAUUAUUGUUCCUUGGGUUUAGUUGUAA